CGCUGAGUAACCUCCUCCCCGGCCGCCGCCGCUCCGUGUUUGUGUAUGUGGAAUGCGGGUCAAGCGGAACUCACGGCAAAAACUGCGCUUCACUUCAAACUCAAAACAGCGGCUCGCAUCGGCCUGACGUGCUCUUGUCCUUAUGCCGGAGCUCCGCAGACAGGUGACGAUGAAGAGAAGCAGGCACCCCAGCAGCAGCGAUGACUCGGACAAUGGAAGUAAUUCCACCUGCUGGUCCCAGCAUUCAUCGCAGCACAGGAGGUGGACUGGGCAGAAACCCUCUGAGGUUUUCAGGACAGACCUGAUCACAGCCAUGAAAGUGCACGACUCGUAUCAGCUGAACCCCGAGGACUACUACAUCCUUGCUGACCCGUGGAGGCAGGAGUGGGAGAAGGGCGUCCAGGUCCCCGUCAGCCCCCACUCCAUCCCACAGCCUGUUGUGAGGGUGCUGGCAGAGAAAGGAAAGGAGGUGAUGUUCGUUAGGCCAAAGAAGUUGAUCCGAACAUCAGGCACAGAGGCGCUCGGCUACGUGGACAUUCGGACGCUGGCGGACGGGGUGUGCCGCUACGACCUGAACGAGGAAGAUGUGGCCUGGCUGCAGAUCAUAAACGAGGAGUUUGCAGAUAUGGCCAUGCCACCGCUUGAUGAAAUCACCAUGGAGCGGGUGAUGGAGGAGUUUGAGCACUGUUGCUACGAAAACAUGACGCACGCCAUGGAGACAGAAGAGGGGUUAGGCAUCGAGUACGACGAGGAUGUGGUGUGUGACGUUUGCCAGUCACCUGAUGGGGAGGACAACAACGAGAUGGUGUUCUGCGACAAGUGCAACAUCUGCGUUCACCAGGCGUGUUACGGCAUCCAGAAAGUCCCUAAGGGCAGCUGGUUGUGUCGGAUCUGCGCCCUCGGCAUCCUGCCAAAGUGCCAGUUGUGUCCCAAGAAGGGCGGAGCAAUGAAGCCGACCCGAAGUGGAACCAAGUGGGUCCACGUCAGCUGUGCCUUGUGGAUUCCAGAGGUGAGCAUCGGGAAUCCAGAGAAGAUGGAGCCGAUCACCAACGUGUCCCACAUUCCCAGCAACAGAUGGGCUCUGAUCUGCUGCCUCUGCAAAGAGAAGACCGGCGCAUGCAUACAGUGCUCAGCGAAAAACUGCCGGACUGCCUUCCACGUGACGUGCGGCCUCAACGCCAACCUUGAAAUGAAUACCAUCCUCACAGAGGACGACGAGGUCAAGUUCAAGUCCUACUGCCCCAAACAUUCUGGUCUUGAGGGUGACGAGUCCAGGGACCGUGACUCGGGCGAUGAGGAGAAGGAGAGUGUCAGAGACAAGAAGGGCAGGAGGAGAGGGAAGGUAUUAGGGGAGGAAGGUGCUGCAUCCCCCUCUUCAUCGUCCUGUGUGGCUCCUCAGCACAUUGACAGAACAACCACCAAUCCAGAGGCACUCAGCAAGGAAGAGAAGAGAGUCAACCUCCGCAAACUGAAGCUGCAAGAGAUGGAGGAGGAGUUCUACCAGUUUGUAGAUGUGGAGGAAGUAGCUAGUAACCUGAAGCUGCCACCUGAGGUGGUGGACUUCCUCUACCAGUACUGGAAACUGAAACGCAAAGCCAACUUCAACCAGCCGCUUCUCACGCCCAAGAAGGACGAGGAGGAGAGCCUGGCGCGGCGCGAGCAGGAGGUGCUGCUGCGACGGCUGCAGCUCUUCACUCACCUCAGACAGGACCUGGAGCGGGUCCGUAACCUGACCUACAUGGUGACUCGGAGAGAGAAGAUGAAGCGGUCGUUGUGGAAAGUCCAGGAGCAGAUCUUCCAGCACCAAGUUCAGCUGCUUGACCACGAGCUGCUCAGCGGUGAUCCUUCAGCAAAGGAUCUGGAGAAGCUGUUCUCUCUGGGCUGGUUAUCCUCUCAGGGCUCCCAGUCUAGCUCCCCCUGGAGCCACUCGGGACUGAAGACCAAAAGAAAGGACAAAAGGAAAAGCAGUGAGAGAAAAAGCCUGUCCAACUCACCACACACUCACAAGAAAGACAAUCUGAGCAAGCCGUCGGAGACGAAAGAAAGCAAAAGCUUCCAAAUCAAAGAGGCCGCAGCCACCGAGGCUGCAAGUGAUGCCAAAAUCCAAAACUCUGACAUCAGCCAGGAGAUGCCGUUUAAAAAACUCCCAAAGCCAGAAGUCAUUCAGGAAACAGCCGUCGUCAAACUGCCCAAGCCUGAGAGCAGGAAAGGCCCAAGGCGAGAGGCCGCGGAGCCCGAACACGAAGUGAGACGGAAACGGGAGAGUGAACACGAGCAGGAGGAGAGGAGGAGGAAGAAGAAGAGUGAUCCCAUAGAAAGCUUGCCAAGCCAGGGGAAGAGCAGGUUUGGGCCAAAACAUCUGGAGAAGACUGUGUCCAUCAGGCUGGUAGAUAUCAGAAACUCUGACUCAGACAACUACUUCAUAGAUGAGAGAAUGCUCAAACGAAGCCCCGUCUCUCUGGAUGGGACAACCAACACUAAAUUUAACAAAGCCAGCACGGUGUCAGACACCACUGCUGGCGCCAAGGCCAACGGCUGGCUGAAGAAAGCCUCAGCUGAUGGCUCCCACACGCCUAACGGAUCUGCGGCUGGACAUCUGAGAAGUUGGGGGAAGUUCAGGAUCCCAAAGAGGAGUGAGAAGCCCGCGAGUGCAGCUGUGACAGAGCAAAAGGAGGCGGCACUACACAAGCCCCUCCUCAGGCCGCUGACUAACACGCCGGAGCCGUCGUACCCCAGGACUCGACUCCGCACGGGGACGGAAAACGAAGAUUACACGUCUGACUCCAAAGCAGGUGACGGCGAGCUGGAGCCCUGCUUGAAACGAUGCCACUCGCACCAGCUGAGAGGCGACUCGUCACUCGGGCGUCGCUACGGGUCUGAUAUCAUUCGGCGGGGCGUCCUGGCCUCCUGAUGACGGAGCAACUCUUAGAAAUGAAGCUGCACUGUGUUAGUCGGAAAAGGACAGCAGUCGCUCUUUGUACCUUUAUUUUUCUCGAUAAAUCCUAAAAAAAAAAAAAAAAAAAAAAGAGGAGGCUAGAUUAAAAACAGAGCUGAUAUUUAUUUUUUAUUUGUAACAUAUGUAAAACUGGGAAAUAUUUUAUUUUAUUUUGUGCUAGUUUUUUUUUUUUCGCCUCAGAAUAGAAAGAUGUCAAGUUGCCACUUAAACGCUCGCUCAGAUAUACAAGCAAUUGCGUCAACUAGGGAGAAGUUGUAAUUGUUGCUUGGGACCAUAAGCUUGCAAUGUCUUUUGUUUUCGACUCUAGUAUUAAACUCGGCCACGAGUCAGUCGCACUCAGUGGCAGAAGCAGAUAAUCCUCAUUCUGUCUGUGAAUAGGACUGCGUAGGUCUUCUUUUUAAUCGGGAUUCAUCGGAUGUUAACAACUUAAAGCUGCCCUUUUAACCCCGUUUAAACUCGCCGCUUCUUCAGUCUGUGAUUGUCCAACAUGAUGAUGUAGGAGUCCACAAACAAAGGAAUUCAGAAUGAUGUUUUACUCGUCAUCAGCACUUAAGUGUAAUUGAACUGCGAUCGUAUCCAUCAUGUGCCUAACUUUUAUUUGAAGCGUUUGCACUACGAGAGGACGGCACAGGUGUGAGGUAUGAGUAGAGUUAUUUUUACACUGAAUAAUUAAAACAAAAUAAGCGUUUUGUACCCUCGGCCGCUGCUGUACUACUGUUAUGCAAAAUUAUUAUUUUUUUGUUGUUGUCGUCUUAAAGAGGAAUAAAUACUCUGCAGGACUGAA